UCUCUCAUCCCUAUCCUCGCGGUUGAGUCUCAUGUCUUCUCCCGGCUUCCGUAGACAUUCCUUCACUGUCAGUUAGUGUGCGGUGACAGACAACCGUCGUUGAGCCACCAACCCAGCUCCAAGUCUAAACUAUGGAGGAGAUUAACAACAUUGAAGUCGUUCCGUGCACAGAGUCCGACUAUCUGAAACCGUUCAGGGUGCACUACAACCAGAAUGGCACAAAGAAAUCCUGGGACUUCAUGCGAACCCAUGACAGUGUAUCAGUGCUGAUCUUCAACACUACCUCACACUGUUUUGUCCUCGUCAAGCAGUUCCGUCCAGCUGUAUACAUGUGUGAGUGGGAAAGGACCAAGAGACAGCUGCCUCAGUCUGCUGAGAAAACCGAGGAGGGCGCCACCGAAGCCGCCACCCCCGAGACUCAGGAGGGCCAGUCGGCCUCAGAGGGGGAGAGCUCUUCUCAGUGGCCCCUGGCCUCAGCGGGUGUCACCUACGAGCUCUGUGCCGGGCUGGUGGACAAACCCAACCUCUCGCUGGAGGAGAUCGCCCGGCAGGAGGUGCUGGAGGAGUGUGGCUACGAUGUGCCUGCUUCUAAGCUGAAGAGGAUUACCUCUUACAGGUCAGGUGUAGGUGUAACAGGCGCCAAGCAGACCAUGUUUUACGCCGAGGUGUCCGACGACAACUGCGUGAGCGCGGGUGGAGGUGAGCCACGGGAGGGAGAGCUUAUCGAGGUGGUCAAAGUCCCGCUGCACGAGGCCAUGACGUUCGCCUACGACGAGCGUAUACCCAAAACCAUGGGCGUCAUUUUUAGCUUCAUCUGGUUCCAUAAUAACAUGUCUCCCAAGUACAAGAUCUCCACCAAUGUGUAACUAGUAUUAACCAACCCUCUUUCUACCAUUUAUUCUAAAUUAAAUCAAACACUGGCCCAGCACAUCCACUCUUCCCCUUAUGGCUCUUCAUCCUGUGUUGCCUUUUUGCUUAUUGGUACAUGAUGAAGGGUGGGCCCCUUGUCUUGUUGCCAGCAGGUAUCUUUUAAGUUUUGUCCUGUUUACCUUUUUAAAUUUUAUGUGGUCUUAAUAUUUUUUCCUAAAAAACAAAUUUGCCAUAGCUGGUUGUCACUGGCACUUUUUUUCUCGUCUAGAUUUUUUUUUUGUAUUAAUUUACUAAUUUAAUUUACUGUGCCAUCUGUUACAAAUGGCUGGAUAUCACUGUUUUAUUUGCCUGCCCUUGAUUAAAGGAAUGCUCCACUGAUACACUUUUUUUAUCAUGGAUCUUUAAUGUUAGCUUCAAGAUAUAUGAUGGACUGUGAAAAAAAAACACUUACCAUUCUUCUAACUUGUUUCAACCAUUUCUAUGACACCAAUUCUUCAUUGCAAAACUUUAUGCUGCGUUCAAGUCACAUGGGAGUUAUUGUAAUUAAUAAGUUUCCGACUUGUUAAUAGCAUAAAAACUCAAAUAUGUCCUGAAAACCAAACAAAUAUAACUCACAUCAGCCAAAUAUAUUUAAAUAAAAUUAAGCACAAUUUUAAUAUAUGAAUUUAGUCUUCACAGUAUUUUAAUACAACAGUCUUGAUGUCAGGAAUGCUCGUAAGUCUUAGCUUAUCUCUGGUCUGCUAACAUUUUAGCAUGCUAACAUUAGCAUGCUAGUCAUAAUCAUGCAGACAUUCCCACUUCCCUGACAAGAAGAUUAUUGCAUCUAAUAUAACAAUACACAGCAUCACUCAAACUAACUACUGAAGACAUAGAGAUAAGGUUAAAAAGUCAGUGGCGUAUUCCUUUAAGCCAUGAUCCAGUAAUGCAAAAACUAUGCUAGUAAAUUGUGGGGCCUUGUAAACGACAGAGGUGUUAGGUGUGUUUUAACCACCACGUGUUCAGGCAUGCCUCAAUUAAUUUCUCUGAUCCACAGCCUUUAAGCAAUACUUUAUCACAGCACCCCGGGCUAAACAAUCACUCAGCGUCGCUCAACUCUCAAACUCUCACGCCGUUAGAAAUCUUUCAUUAAGUCAAACCAGUCGACAUAUUAGCAGAUUUUAUUCACCACACAGGAAAAAAAAAGCAUACACCUACCUCUGCACCGAGGGCCUAAUUUCUGUCUUCAGUGUGUCGUUGUACUCAAGCACAAUCCUGAUUUGAAACAUACUAUAGUACAGGUCAGUUUAAGAUGUAGUCCACUGAAAUCCACUUCAAAUGACAUCCUGAACCAGAUAUUUUAACUCUAACACGUCAAUGCACGACCCAAAAUUUUCUUGUAGUAGGAUUCUUUUUACCCUCUAUUGCAUAUUUGUUUCUGAGAUAAACAAAUACAGUGAAAAAGAUACUGUAUAAAGUCUAAAUCCUCUACUUUUCAUCAUUUUCAUUUGAAGUAAGUCAUUUCUUAGGUUAAUUUUAUACCUGGUGUGUAAGGUAAAGGUUUUGAACACAUCAGUGCAGGUUUAGGAGCUUGUUUGGAAGGAGUUCAACCAUCUAACAGAUUGCCUUUAAUCAUAAAUCAUUUAGGAGGUCCAGUGUGAUACAUAUUGGGUGGUCAUUAACACACAAACCUAAUCUCGCAAAGUUAAUCUCAACAGCAGUUUCGCCAAAAUCUCAGGUGCAAAAUCAUGAAACUUUUGGUCAUAUUCAGGGAAAAAUCUCUGAAUGUGACGAUGACCAGCAUGUUACUAUAUUAUUAUUAUUAUACUACAAAAUCACUUGCAGUUUAUAGGCAACAAAGUUCUUACUCUUCUUACUACAGUAUAUGUUAGUAUUUUUCUUCAUUCAAAAAGGGCUGGUAUUUCAUUUAUUAUUUAAUAUGUGACGAGACAAAAAUUCCCCCCGACGCCUUGUUGUUUUGAUAAAAAUAUGCAAGUAUUGAGGCGAAGCCUGCAGUUUUUAGAAAAUUGCUGCUCACUUUAAAAAAGAAACAUGCCAUUAUUUAUCCAUUAUAACUGUUAAGAGAUAAUAGGAGAACUACACUGGCAGAUCAUUGAUUUCAUGCCUAAUCAGAGUUCAGCUCUUCUUGGUGCACCAGCAGAGUAGUGAGUUGUAAGCUGUUGAAAACUGACCUGCCUGAAUAACUUGGUGGUUUGGUGAACUUAAAUAUGAGGGAAAAAACGCUGUGUGUUAAUGAUAUUUGGUUAUUAUUUGUAAGAGCUUUAAGUGCAAUGUUGAUAACACCCAAACUUAAAGGUGUUAAAAUGAAAUCAUACAUAUGUCUUACUAAACUUAAACAAAUCCUACUCCCCAUAGUGAAACUUACUGUCCGUGUACUUUUCUUCGCCCAGAUUACAUCCUCUGGUGUGAAAAGUAAGAAAUAUUCAAUUGUUCUUUUCUGCUUUUUGAGCCUGAGGAACAGCUGACAAUCAAAUGUCAACAUCUGUCUUCUUUUACCCAUAAUCCCUUGUGUUUUUGUUGGUCAUUGUCUUUCAUUGGUUUGUUAGAUGUACUGUACGUCCUUGUCCCUGCUGAAUCUCACAGUGGUUCUUUCUCAGUGCAGUUUGCGAUGUUCUUAUCUGCACAAAUCAAAAGAAUUUGAAUGAACCAAACUAAAGAAGUUCGGUUUCACACGCUGAGUCAAAUAUUUGAGGAAUAAUUUCCGCCCAAACUGUGUAGGAGUAUAUACAUAUAAUCCUUAAGCCAUAUUUAACUCCCCCUACGCCCAAUCUCUACGCUUCUUUCUUUCCAUCAAAGAUCAUUCCUUGAUGUAGGAUUGUCUAGUUUGCUGGAACUGCUUGAAUUAUUUUUUAUUAAUUAUUGUAUGUUAAUUUCUUUGGAAAAAGAAAUCUCUCAUAUUCUCUCAGGAGUAAUGAGGUGCCCAAAUCUGACUAAUAGUAGAUGUCCAACAUUGAAUCAGAUUCUCUUUGUGUGUUUUAAAUGCUUUUAAACUACAGGGUGUAUCAACUUUAACAAGUUUAACAUCAGGACACUUUGGAAAAAUGUGGAAAGCACCUUUGGAAACUCAUGAAAUGACCACAGGAAGUUAAACUAACAGGGCUGUCAUAUAGGUCUUUUUUAACAGUAUUUUUAAACUACACUUUAUAUCAUGAUAACUAGGCUCUGGAAUAUCUUUAAAUGUUUGUUUUAAGCUUUCAGGAAGUUAUUUAUUUGGCACCUCAUUCCCCUUAUUCUCCUUUUUUCAUCCACUUUCUUCCAUGUGACAAUCUUUUCUUUAGUCUUCAGGUGAAUAAGGUCUACGUGGAUCUCAGUAGUUUAAUGGAGAACCUCACUGAACGAUUUCCAAUGGUGCUCACAGUUUUCCAUUGUCUAGGUCUUGUCUGGUAUGAGAUGAACCCAUGGUGGAAAAUAGUGAAAAUGGUUGCUUUUUAUGUCUGGAACGACUCUUGAGAAAAUUAUUUGUUGCCCACGUUUAAACAGAUCUUACAGGGGUUAGCCCCAUGAAAAAAAACUAAACAAAAAAACCCUAUGUACAGUCAGUUUGCUAAAAUGAGGCCAUCUACUUCUGAUUUGGCUUGACCUAAAAUGUGACAAACUAAAAAGCCAUUUCAACUCUUAUGGCCAGUCUGUAACUUUAUGUGCCUGUCAAUUGUGGAGAGCUGCCAUGUGACUUCUCUUUUGGCUAAAAUCUAUCUCUUUUUGAGGAAAGUUGUCACAAAAACGAGAGGCUGUGUUGUUGCCUUUUCUGCGGGCUUGUCUCUGUGGGCAGUGUCAGCCAGUGCGCCAGCACAGGUGCAUGUUCCUCCUCCGCACCUUCCCUCCAACUAUUAUUGUGAAAGUCGAGUGCAUUUAGUCAGCAUUACAAAAGACGUAGAGUAGCAUUAAUGAUUGACACACUGAAAACAAAAGCAACAUCCAGUCUAACAUCUACUGCAACUGAAGCUCGAUUGUUGCAGAGAAUUCAGUUGCCAAAAGAAGCACAACCACCGUGGCAGCGCUUCAGGUUCAGCUGGUUCAGCCAGGUUCUUUAUAUAGGUGGUUAAAUAUAUGAUAGAAAUUUAAAUUUAUGCUAGGCCUGUAUUUUAUUUUUGUUCAGCCUGUGGAGUCGAGAUUCACUAGUUGAUCUACUUUAUCAGACCUGCAGUCUAUUUUCUACUCAAGCAUUUUUUAUUAGUUUUAUAAGCUGUUUAAAAGUGGCUGGUUUUGUAUGAUCUUCUUCAGUUUAACAUUUCUGUGUGCUUUUCUGCAUGAAAAACUAAAAUUGGAGUUAAAGGCCAAACUUCGCACUCUGAUAGUGUUGAAUUUAGUCAUGUAAAAGUCAGUAAUACUGGUGAUUGGCAACGUUUCUGGAAAACUUAGGAAAAGUUUGACAUUUUGAGAAAUGCAGUUAUUCGCCCUUUUUGUCAAGAGUUGAUCAGAUUGACACCACUGAUGUUUGUACAGUAAAUACGAAGCUACACAGAUGCAGUGGUAACCUAAAGGUUAAGGCACAUACCACAUGACUCCUCUAAAAGCAAAAUGCCAAAAAUCUUUUUUAACCCCCUGUAAAGUGGCAAAAUGUUGUUUGUACACUUAAGUUUUUGUAUAGAUUAAACAAACAAGAUACACUGUGUUAAUUAAUGAGCUUUAGGUGUUAACAGUUAGCUGCUAACUAGCUGUUUCCACUCUUUAUUGCCCCUUUUAUACAGCCUAUCAAGGCAGGAAUGUUGCACCUUUGUUCUGCCUCAUUGCUCUGUAUAAAACGUAUGAACACAGAGUCGUGGGCGUUGUUGUUCUGCCUUUAAACCAGCAGCAGAGGUAGUCACGAACCAAAUCGAUGUCUCUGUAAAAGACAGAGCUGACACAGCUAAGGUGGCAGAAUGAGGAGUCUUGACGCCUCCAUGGCAGGAUCUCUAUUUAAAAGAGGCUAAAGCUAAGCUAAGUUAGCGGGCUUCUGGCUGUAUGUACUUAUUUACUCUAUGAGAGUGUUAGCGUUCCUCUCAUCUAGCUCUCAACAAGAGAGUGGAUAAGCACAUUUCCCAAAAUGUCGAACUGUUUUUUUUAUGUUUCCCAUCCAUGACAACUUGAACUUUUCCCUCUACAACACACUUUUGACAGUUUAAAGUGAAGUUGCAGACUGUGCUGCUGGUAAGCCAUACACUACUUCUAUUAAAUAUUCAGCAAAACUAAUAUUUGAGGUAAGUAAAUGGUCGUAUAAUUCAUUCUUGCCUGUGCUGGAUAUUAACCAUUAGCCCAGCAUUGGACAUUUCUACCUCCAUCACUCAGGCACGAGGAAAAUAUUUAGUGUCCGUUUGCUUGCUUCUAAGGCGUUGACAUAUCAGAUUCUCAGACACAUUUCAGAAACGUCAACACUCAGUCAAACUUCAAUCCACUGGUACCAGAUUUUUCUAGAUGUAUCCCCCAUGGCUUUGCUGUAGUUGCUUCUUCAACUGUGAUUGUUUUUUUCUUUUCUUACGUUAAUGGUUUGUGCACUGUUUGAUGAUUUCUUACUGUAUUUUCAGUGAUCAUGAGCUGAGCUGCAGCUUUAUCAUGAAAGUGUUGGUUUUUAAAGGUGCUAUGUGUAGUAUUCUCUAAUUAUAGACGAUGUAUUACUGUUAAAUUAAUCUUGGACCAGUAUUCCUUUGUUUCAUUAGACGUUUAGUGAUUCUUGUUCAUGAAUCCUGGAAAAGGCACUUUUGAUUUUGGCUGAAGUCCGCUCACCUUUGCUUCUUUAUUUGCAGACUUAUAGCUGAAUAUUCAGAAGCAACAGGGGGAAGAUAAUAAGAUUUGCUGCGAUGAAGCAGCUCACACUGACUGUAAAGCGUAGCACAUGUUAUUCUAUAGGUAGUGUAAUAUUUAGUGAAAAUCCUACACAUAAUACCUUUAAGUGAAAGAAGUAUUAUGAUUUUUCUCAUGGUUAAGACAUAAAGAAAUUUGUCCAAAUUGUGAUUUUUUUUCUCUUUCUGGUGUCUUACACUGAAUUUGUGUUUUUAAAAAAAUAUUUUCUGGAAAAAAAGGUACAAACAUAAACAUUGCAGUUUAAUGAAUUUAUCAUGUAUUUUAAGCUUUAUUAAAAGUGUAUACUCAUUGUGGGCAGUGUUUUCAGUAAUGUUUGGAUUUUGUUAAUUUAUUACCUAAAUGUUGAAAUAUUUAACUUUUAAAAACAUGACACUUGGUACAAACAUACAGUAUAUAUUUAAAUAUGAUACUUUGCAUGUGCACUAACUGUGUUGGAUUAAACUGCAUUAAGUUGAAAUAAAAUGGGUUCGAUGCCCAAAAUGUCA